UGCUAUUCACCUCCUUGGUGUGGAGAGAGCAACGUGACAAUCCAAAACGAGCGCAAGCGUGGGGACUACACAUUUACAAACUGAUCGGAGUAGCGCUAAGAAAGCUUAGUACAUAUCAUCAAGUUGGCUUGGCGAGCGCACGCUGGUGUGGACCAAGUAGUAGCUGCGGUUGAGCCAUUUUAUUCGGUCGUAUCAGUUCGAAAUUGAGAAGUUUCAUCCUUCCGGAAAAGUGCGUUUCCGUGGAAAUUCCGAAAAAAAAACGAGUUACCAUCGAAAACAAACUGUCGCGAUCCGCGCGAUAGAAUUUUAGAUUAAAAUUUUAGUGAUUCAAGAAAAAAAAUUUCCGGAAAGUGCGAAAAUGAUGAACUGAGUUACGUUCUUCAGAUGGGUUUAACAUCCCAAUGAACUGCCGGAAAAUAAACUGAUUUCGGUUUGAGUGAAAGUUGGAUCGGGAGAAAGUUCCGAAUAUUCAAAGACAUCAUUAUUGUGCGUGCGGAAGAUGGAAUCGCCGCAGAUGUACGACAACCAGCAAAACAAUUCGGGAUUGAACAAUAACGAAGUGAAAAAGUCGGUCAUUAUGAACAAUAACAACAAUAAUAAUUUGACAACAUUGAACAACAACGGGUCGUCCAAACAGACAGCCACCAUAUUGAAACAGCAUCAACUCCAACAGUUUCAACAGCAUGGGGAAUUGAACGACUUGAGUUCGCCAGAAAUUUCGUUGGAUCUUCACAACCUCAUAGACGACUCACACUUCAGCGAUGGACUUUUCAGCGAUAUUCUGCAGAGUCAGUCGGGGAAGCAUCUCCAAACUCUCCAUUCGAGACAAGUUGGUGGCAUUUCCGCCAACAAUUAUCCCAGAACAACCCUUGCUUAUAUGCCCCAACCUGUGCACAGUGGUGCUACCUAUUCCGGUACACAAAACUCGAACAGUGAUUCGAACAGUUCCGUUGCUAGUGACGUGCCGAGCAUCAAAGAAGAACCUAUAGAUCCCCAAGAAAUGCGUAGAAUGACGUGUAACUUAAACCUUGUCCCAAACUCCUACAUGCCCGGAGUGUAUCCAACGAACCCUAACGCAACCUUCACAACCCUUACCCCAAGCCCAGUUAUGCACCAUGGGUUGAACUUGAACGCCAUGAAGAGCAAAAGUUCACUCAUGUCCAACCACGUGGCAAGAAAGAGCGUCAAACCUUGCGACAAAAACAGUGACGAAUACAGAAGAAGAAGAGAGAGGAACAACAUCGCAGUCCGGAAAAGUCGCGAAAAAGCGAAAGUUAGAACCAGAGAAACCGAGGAAAAAGUCAAACUUCUAAUGAAAGAAAACGACAAACUGGUUAAGAAAAUCGAAGCACUAACCGAAGAAGUGACCAUUAUGCGAAACUUCAUCAGCAACAAUAUGCAAGGACAAGCGUCUGAACUGUUCCACAGAGAGUUCAAUAAACAAUUGGAUCAUCUACAUAUCCAACAACAACACAUGUCUGAUGUAAGACAUCAAUUAAUGGACAUGGCCCACGACUAUGGACCGUAGACACGAGAAAAAUUCAAGCUUGAAAGUCGAAAAUUUAACUGAUUCAAAUUCAGAGACAAUAAACUUGAGACAAAUAAACUCAACGCUGGUGGCGUUCGAAAUUCAUGUUGAAUUUUGGGAAAUAUCUAGUCAGUUUUUCAUUUUCGAAUCCGAAGUCAACAACUCUCGAAAUUAUAUUUAAAAUUCUAACAAUCAACCAUCAUUUGGAUUAACUAUCAGAAUAUAUGACUUCCUGGUCUAGUACCAAAUUGAAAUUUUAUAACUCCUCCGCAAAGGUUCUCUGAAAAGAACUGAAGUAUCAAGAUAUGGAUAUCUGAAGAAGACAACUCCUCAAGUUGAGCCCACAUCCAGCAGUCUUAUGUAAGAAAAAGGACCAAUUUUGUUCAUUCAUUAAACCAUUUUUAUACAUAUUGUUAUCCUGAAGUUUUUCAUUCAGCAUAUUUGCAUGCUUUGCCUCUUGAAUGCGAAGAAAUAUCUAGAUAAUUACUGUGGAUCAUAUUCUAUCGAAGCUUAAUCUAGUAUGUAGAUAUGAACAAACUACAUAAGUGGUGGAGUUCAGAAAAUUCUGUAGAAUAAUAUGUGAUAAUGAAAAUAAUUUAAAUUAUUUUUAAUCCUAAUUAAACAUUUUACACAUUGGACUGCAGAGAUGAAAGAAAUCAUUUUUGAACUUUCACUUUAUACCUACUCUUUGAUCGAUCAUUCAAUCCGCUCUUCAAACUGUUUAUUUCUGAAUAGGUCUCUAAGUUAUACUCUCAAUUGGAACACAUUCGAAUAGAUUAUGAUCCAUAUGUGGAGAAUUAAGUGUCAAACAAAAAAGUAGUUGAAAUUUUCAUGCACAUUAGGAAAUAUCUAGUCAGUUUUGUUUAUCCAGCAAUAUUUUUGAGGAACACCACCAUGUGUUCAGGAACUUUGGUGCUAUUGUCAAUUAUUAUCAUCCAUCCCAGUGACUAUAAAAACAUCACAACAUUCUAUUAGUUUCCAAAUACGAGACAGUUUUUCGUAAAAAUUGCUUUCGUAAUGCUUGUACAGGAUCUCCCCACGAAAUAUUCUAUUAAUUAAUUUAUUGAACAAAAAUGCGAACACCGAUUCUGAUUCGCAUUUCAACCAAGAGUUUGUUGACGGGUAUUAAAGUAAAUAAUUAUUCCGUUCUUUAUUGUGAUCUUGAAUUUUGUAUUCGAAGUACGAGUUAGUUUUUCAUUGACGCAAUGUACCUUCUAAUAUAAGAAUAUUUGUAUUUUGAAGAGAUAUAUUUUUGUAAAAAUAUAUCACUGUUGUACUUUAUAGUUUUAUAUAAUGUAAUAUAUAGUUUUAAAUUAUGUAUGUUAGUGUAAAGUACGUUAAUGUUAAAUAUUUCCAAAGAAGUACAUAUUUGUAAUAUAAAUAUUUUAGGGUGUACAUUUUUUACUACUUUCAUUCUUGUUUUUAUUUAAUAAAUUUUGAUGAAUA